AUGGUCUCCCCACUAUGUCUGGUGUCCACCACCUGCCUCAGGAUCCCGUGCCAGCUGAAUGCUGACGCUGAGAAAACGGGCUUUAAACAUGUGGUACCAUUCCAGACUUCAUUUCUCAUCCCUGGCUUCACUCCGCUCACUGCAGAUUGGUACGUUGAUUCUCUAAUUAUUACCCGUAGAACCACCCAGCUAACCAAUUCAGACUUACUUCCGCCUUCACUCCCGAGCUCACUGCCAGAGGACUUCCUUCCCGCCUUCACUCCUUACACUGCCAGAGGGUACGUUGAUUCUCUUAUUAUAUACCCUAUACCCAGCUACCAUUCCGGACUUCCGUCCCGCCUCACUCCGCUCACUGCCAGAGGGCUACCAUUCCCAGACUUACUUCCCGCCUUCACUCCGCUCACUGCCAGAGGGUCACAACAGUUCAGCAAGAUGACCGUGCCAGAACUCACAGCUCAGAUGUUUGACGCAAAAAACAUGAUGGCCGCUUGCGACCCUCGCCACGGACGGUACCUGACCGUGGCCACUGUCUUCCGUGGCCGCAUGUCCAUGAAGGAGGUGGACGAACAGAUGCUGAGCGUGCAGAAGAAGAACUCAGCGUACUUCGUGGAGUGGAUCCCCAACAACGUGAAGACAGCGGUGUGUGACAUCCCGCCCAGAGGCAUGAAGAUGGCUGCCACCUUUAUAGGAAACUCUACUGCCAUCCAGGACUUGUUUAAGCGCAUCUCUGAGCAGUUUACAGCAAUGUACAAGAGGAAAGCCUUCCUCCACUGGUAUACAGGAGAAGGUAUGGAUGAUAUGGAAUUUACCGAGGCUGAGUCCAACAUGAACGACCUGGUCUCAGAGUACCAGCAGUACCAGGAGGCCACCGCUGAUGAGUACGAGGAAGAGGAAGAGCAUGAGGAGGAGGAACCAGAGUACAACUAUUAAGAACAGAUUAUAAACGAAGACGGGAACUGCAAAUAUAGAGAGAGUACGACAUCUGUAGACAAGGACUAGACUAGAUGUAACACUGACAUACACAAGAAUCACUGUAGACAAGGACAAGUCUAAAUGUAACACUGACAUACACAAGAAUCACUGUAGACAAGGACAAGACUAGAUGUAACACUGACAUACACAAGAAUCACUGUAGACAAGGACAAGUCUAAAUGUAACACUGACAUACACAAGAAUCACUGUAGACAAGGACUAGACUAGAUGUAACACUGACAUACACAAGAAUCACUGUAGACAAGGACAAGUCUAAAUGUAACACUGACAUACACAAGAAUCACUGUAGACAAGGACAAGUCUAAAUGUAACACUGACAUACACAAGAAUCACUGUAGACAAGGACAAGUCUAAAUGUAACACUGACAUACACAAGAAUCACUGUAGACAAGGACAAGUCUAAAUGUAACACUGACAUACACAAGAAUCACUGUAGACAAGGACUAGACUAGAUGUAACACUGACAUACACAAGAAUCACUGUAGACAAGGACAAGUCUAAAUGUAACACUGACAUACACAAGAAUCACUGUAGACAAGGACAAGUCUAAAUGUAACACUGACAUACACA